GACAACGCGUUUCCAAGGAGACGGUCGUGUUUACAAAUCGACGGGAAGCCACUAGCGAAACAUUGAGUGUCUAUUAAAUCACGGACUAUACUGUCUUAAAAUGUAUUUUUAGGAAUUUAUUUGAACCAUAACCAUGUCAGUCCCAAUGCCAAUUCUUGACUAAGUUGAUCGGAAUCUUAAGUCUUCCGUGAUGGAUGGUGACAGUGAUGAAAUAAAGGAGCAGCUGAGGCUUCAGUUUCAAGCUCUUCAAGAGCAACAAGUGCAGCGCAUUCAGAGAAGACUGGAGAUGAGAAAGAUGGACUCCGACGCUCCUCUCAGCGGUCUGGACAACAUAAACUUCACAGAAGAGGAUGAAGACAUGAUGGAUCUAGUCGACGCAAGAGUGACGCAGAAUGAAAUCGAACAGCUGCAUGAUCAUGUGAGGGAGCUGAGAGAUGAGAACGGCAGACUCCAUAAACUGCUGAGUGAGAAAGACUUUGAGAUAAAACACCUGAAGAAGAAGAGAGAGGAGGAGAGACUGGCUUUAGCAGGUACUGCUGGUCUGGCAGGAGAUGCAGCAGCGACCAAAAUCGUGGAACUGUCCAAAAAGAAUCGAGAAUUAGCUGCUGAAAUAGAACGAGAGAAGACCAAAACUAAACAAGCAAACAAUCGAGUCAAAGAACUGGAGAAAGAGCUUCAGGCCACACUGUUACUUAAUCCUGGCAAGAAGAUGACCAAAAAGCAGGAUUCAAGGACUGAGAACGACCAUCUUGAAAACAGCCCCGUAGUAAAAUCCCUGCAGGAGAAACUAUCUACAGCCCAACUUAAAAUGACUGAAUACCGCAACCAGAUCCAGACCUUCAAACAAGAGUUCAAAAUAGCACACAAGGUGUUGAGCUGUGAGGUGGGUGAGGACGUCAAUAUUCAGCAGUUACUGUGUAACCCGGGAGGCUGGAGAGGCCGUUCUCAGCAGAUCCUCGCCCUUCAGAACAGAGUACGUGACCUGGAACAGCAGCUGAGCCAGUCCUCUCACAGGAAGCAGUUGUGUGACCUCGGCCUGGAUGAGGAGAUCACGGGAACGGGAGGCCUACUGAAGACUCAUGACAGAAACCUCAGCCACAUCCGUCACAUAGAGAGGGAGAGGAAGGAGACACUGGAGAAGCUCACAGUUGAUUAUGAAGUUCUGCUUGAAGAGCACUCAGACACGAAGAAGAAACUGGAGGCCUCUAAAUCCAGGAACAAAGUGUUGAGCACAGAAGUCAAAGCCCUGAAGAGCCAGAUCAGCACUCUGCUGGAUAAAGGCAAACACGACGAUGAGCUGGUCGAUGCCUUAUUGAAGCAGCAGGCCAAGUGGCAGGCCAUGCUCGGGCAUCUAAGUCAGAACGGCUCCCAGCGUGAGGAGGCUCAGCAGGGCCUGGAGAGACAUCUGCACAGCGAGGCCCAGCAGCACGCCUCGCUCAUCCAGCAGCUCAGAGCCAUGGUCUCAGAGAAGGAGAACAAGGUCAAAGAGCUGGAGCAGGAGAUCCAGCAACUCGCCCUCAUGUGUAAGAGUCAAACUAACAUCAGACCUUCGAAAUCACGACUUGAGAACAGCAGGGAGUCAAACUCUGCCAGAGAUGCACAAGCAGCCUGUCCAGAGUGUGCUGUUAAAAUCCCAGUGCUCCAGGCUCAGUGUGCUGAGUAUAAGGCUCUUUAUCAAGCUGCCAGUGUGGAGAGAGACAGACUGCUGGAGCUGACCAAAGUACAGCAAACCAGUGAAGAAGAGGCGAAGCACCAGUGUGCAGAAGCUGAGCAGAAACUCCGACUGGAAUGGCAGCGUUCAGUCUCACUGGAGCAGCAGCUGGAGAAAGCCAAACUGGACUUAAGGAAAGAAGCGAGUCUGCAAACGUCUAAUAGGAGUAGAACAGGAAGCUCAGGCAGCACUCUGAGUCUCCCUGACAAACAGGAGGGUUCGUCUCCCAGAAGCCCCUCUGAUGUCACCCGUGAUGCUCAACUUGGUGAACUCAAAGCACGGUUGGCACUGCAACUAGAAGAAAAUGAAUCCUUGAGAACCGCUCUAAAGAACGCCUUGAAGGAAAAGAAAGAAGGCUUGCAUUACAAGGACAUGCUGGCCCAAGCAAAACAGGAAUUCCAGCAGGCCCACAGAAAGCAUGAGCAGGGGACUUAGACUGGACUGAUGAAGGGUCUUUGCUAGCAAACACAGAUCCCCGAAGGACAACACUGGCAUUAAGGGGACGGUCGCUCUGUAUGUUGCCAUGUUUGCUGUUGACAACACACACACACGCAUGCACAUACAAAACAGAUGACUUGUUUCAUGAGUCUGAUCAGCAUUGUGAAGACAUGAGAUAUGAAUGAGAUAUGUUCCUCCUCUUUGCUGGAGGAACAGUUGUGACAAGAAUAGCAUAAUAAUGAGAUCCUGUUUGUUUAUUAACGUAGGAAGAUUUUAAGAAAUUAUCAAGGUAAACCAAGUGUUUUUUUUUCUUUCUCUUUUUGGCACUCUAAAGUGGAAACAAACUUUCCUGCCUUCUUUUCUGACGCACAUUGCUCAUUAAUAUUUGAUUUGUGUGUCGUGGUGUGAAACCAGAAA